CCCAGGCGACGCGGGCGGGGCGGGCGCCGCCAUGAUGGCGGCGGCGGCGAUAGCGGCGGGUCCGCGGCGGGGGUGGCUGGGCCGGGAGGCUCGUGCCAGUCUGGCCGCCUUCCUGCUGGGCGCCUCGGUGGCGGCGCUGCCGGUGGUGCUGGGCUCGCCCGCCGCGCUGCUGGCCGCCCCCGGCCUGCGCGGCCGCCUGGCGCUCGCCCUACACGUGGCGGGCGUUAACGCGGCGCUGCUGCUGCUCUACCCGCGGCCGCUCUACAAGAUCGCUGUCCGGGCCUGCUUCCUGGGGUUUGCCUUCGGCUGUGGGCUGCUGCUUAGCACCGGCCGCUCUGCCUGGCGCCACUUUGGAUGGUACAUGUGCUCCCUCUCCCUCUUCCACUACUCGGAGUACUUAGUGACGGCCAUCAACAACCCGCGCAGCCUUUCCUUGGACUCCUUCCUGCUCAACCACAGCUUCGAGUACAACCUGGCCGCCCUCUCCUCCUGGGUGGAGUUCACGCUGGAGAAGCUCCUCUUCCCAGAGCUGAAGCAGAUCACCUGGCUGAGUACUGUAGGGUUAUUGAUGGUGAUCUUUGGGGACUGUCUGAGGAAAGCGGCCAUGCUCACAGCUGGUUCCAACUUCAACCAUAUUGUUCAGAAUGAAAAAUCGGAUACUCAUACUUUGGUGACAAGUGGAGUGUAUGGGUGGUUCCGGCACCCGUCUUACGUGGGAUGGUUUUACUGGAGUAUUGGAACACAGGUGUUACUCUGCAAUCCCAUCUGCAUGGUGGGCUAUGCACUGGCAUCCUGGCGCUUCUUCAGGGAGCGGAUCGAGGAGGAGGAGAUCACACUUAUUCACUUCUUUGGAGAAGAGUACUUGGAGUACAAAAGGAAGGUGCCAUCGGGUCUCCCUUUUAUUAAAGGAGUCAAAGUGGAACUGUAGCAUGGGCAAAAACCAGACUGGCCAAGUGAACGCCCAGCUCCAGGCGCCACAGGGUGAGGGAUGAUGUGUGGCAGUGGCACCGGGAGUAGCCCGCUGAUAGUUCCCGGCCGCCUGGGAGCAGCUGGCAAAGGGCUGCGGAGCUGCCCAGCCUGCCAGGUCACUAGCAGAUCAGAAGCUCAUUCGUCCUCCUCGAGAUAAGUCCUUCGUUGCACAUUCAGGGAUCUUGCAGAUAACUUAGCCUGUAGCGACCCUAAAGAGAAUUGAACCUUUCUGCCUGCAGCAGCUGAGUUCUACUGAAACGCAGUGCAGCGCCAAUUGGUUCUCUCCCAGGCAUUAAUGUGCACGGGGAGGUUUCGUUUCUUCCACUUGCCUCAUGCUGCUGGAUUGCGAGCGCCUCCGAAACGCAGCAGGAGGGUGAGCCCACUCCCUCCUCCCUCAGCCGCUGCUGCUGUGAGUUCGGGAGUCACAGUUUCAGCUGCCGCCUUCCCGAGCCUCCCCGCCACCUCCAGUUCCCUCUUCCCGCUUCCAAAUCGUGCUGCUUCCUAUCCUGCCAGGCUGCCUCCAUCCUGCAGAGAUCCCAGGAUUUUGGGUUGGGAAAGAGCCGCAGCUGCCAGGCUUGCCAAGGGCUUUAGCGCUUGAGAUCCUUGCCUGCUUUUUUGGGCAAAAGCUGGGAUGUCAGUGUGACUAGGAGGUGCUUCUAGGGAAAUUCUCCAAACAGGGACAAAGGUUUGGCUAGCUAAUGCUAUUUUAAACGUUGCCAUUUUGGAAAUGGUUCCUAUGCGAGCUUUGUGGUAUAACUUAUUCUGUCGUUAUAUACCAAAGAGGUUCACUGUUUUCUUGAGUUUUACAUUAUUCUUCCUAGCUGGAAUGGAAAUGAGUUGCUUGUCAGUUCAUGCUUUGGGCCAAUGGUGUUCCUUGGUAACGUGCUGUAGUACGGCUCAGGAAAGGGGGCACUGGUGGAAAUUGCUUUGAUUUUAAUUUUUUUUAUAAAAAAAUGAGAAAAAAUA